GUUUUUCUUUCCUUCCAGUGAAGUCUUUAAAACACGGUUGCUGGUUCUGGUUUAGUUAAACCGGCAUCAUGGUGUCAGAGAAAGACGUUCUGGUGGCUGUUUUUGUUUUUGCCCUCGUCUCACAGAGUGAGGGUAUAAUUGGUGGCAGAGAGGCAGUGCCACACUCUCGGCCCUACAUGGCCUCCAUCCAGGUGCCAGAAGGAGAGAAUAUGAAACAUGAGUGUGGAGGGUUUGUGAUUGCAGAUCAGUGGGUGAUGACUGCAGUACACUGUCUGCCAACAGGGCCAAAUGGAAGGAGAGUAGUGCUGGGUCUCCAUUCUCUGAGUGAACCUGAAGAGACAAAGCAGACAUUUGAUAUUUUGGAACUUUACAAUCACCCACAAUUCAGCAUGACAAAUUAUAAUAAUGACAUUGCUUUAAUUAAGUUGGAUCGUCCAUUUAACGCCUCUGACGCUGUUAGAGCACUGGAAUUCAUGCGAUCAGGUGGCACAAACCCCGACACAGGUGCAGAGGUUGAAACAGCCGGCUGGGGAUCCACUGAUAACCUUGGGUCCAGACCAGACAAGCUCAAGGAGGUGGUCAUGGAUGUGUUCAGCUGGAAACGGUGCAGGCGCAGCGACUACUUUGGCUCAAAGGUCACCAAUAACAUGAUGUGUGCACAUAAAAUAUGCCCAGAACCCUGUGAUAAACCACACAGGAAGGAAGACAGUUGUGAUGGUGAUUCUGGAGGUCCUCUGCUCUACAAUGGCAUUGCAGUGGGAAUCACUUCCAACGGAGGAAUGAAGUGUGGUCAAAUUAAAAAGCCUGGAAUUUACACUGUAAUCUCCCACUACACCGAGUGGAUUGACAACAUCAUGGCCGUGCAGCCUCCUACACAGGACCCGAGCAGUUAAAUAACGAAAGCCG